UGGAGACUUGGGUACGUUCAAGAUUCAGCUUCACCCGUAACCCACCGCCAUGGCUGAGGAAGGCAUUGCUGCUGGAGGUGUAAUGGACGUUAGUACUGCUUUACAAGAGGUGCUGAAGACCGCCCUCAUCCACCAUGGCCUAGCACGUGGAAUUCGCGAAGCUGCCAAAGCCUUAGACAAACGCCAAGCCCAUCUUUGUGUGCUUGCAUCCAACUGUGAUGAGCCUACUAUGUAUGUCAAGUUGAUGGAGGCCCUUUGUGCUGAACACCAAAUCAACCUAAUUAAGGUUGAUGACAACAAGAAACUAGGAGAAUGGGUAGGGCUCUAUAAAAUUGACAGAGAGGGGAAACCCCGUAAAGUGGUUGGUUGCAGUUGUGUAAUAGUUAAGGGCUAUGGCGAAGAGUCUCAGGCCAAGGAUGUCAUCGAAGAGUACUUCAAAUGCAAGAAACACACACAC